CCCUUUUCCCCCUCUGUGUUCAUUUACCGGCAUGCACGCGCCCUGCAGUGGAUUUUGGUCCAAGGGAAAACUUUCUGCAAGUUAAUCUGUAACCACUGAGACACUUUAUCAGCUUUAACAGACAGCAGCAUGGCUGGACUCAAGUACAUGAGUGGCUUCGGGAACGAUUUGUCUUCUGAAGACCCUCGCUGUCCUGGAUCUCUACCUGAGGGACAGAAUAACCCCCAGGUGUGUCCGUACGGCCUCUACUCUGAGCAGCUCUCCGGCUCAGCCUUCACCUGCCCCCGGCCGGCCAAUAAGAGGAGCUGGUUUUACCGUAUCUUGCCAUCUGUCAAACAUAAGCCUUUUACCGCCGUGCCUUGUGGGAAUCUGACAGAGAACUGGAACGAGGUGGAGCCUGACCCCAACCAGAUGCGAUGGCUGCCGUUCACCAUCCCCAAAUCUACGGAGAAGAAAGUGGACUUUGUGGCUGGUCUGCACACUCUCUGUGGAGCGGGAGAUGCCAAAUCCCGCAACGGCAUCGGCAUCCACAUGUUCACCUGCAACACCUCCAUGGUUGACAGGUGCUUCAACAACUCAGACGGAGACUUUCUGAUUGUCCCGCAGCAGGGUGAUAUUUUGAUCACCACAGAGUUUGGGAAGAUAAUGGUCGAGCCGAACGAGAUCUGUGUCAUCCAGCAAGGGAUGCGCUUCAGUGUGGAUGUGUUUGGGGAAACCAGAGGAUACAUACUGGAGGUGUACGGAGCCCAUUAUGAACUCCCUGACCUGGGGCCUAUAGGAGCCAAUGGUCUGGCCAACCCUCGAGACUUCCUGUGUCCAGUUGCUUGGUACGAGGACCGCGAGGUGGCCACAGGUUACACCGUCAUCAACAAGUACCAAGGAAAGCUCUUUGCAUGCCAACAGGAUUUCUCUCCGUUCAAUGUGGUGGCUUGGCACGGCAACUACACACCGUACAAAUACAACCUGAAGAACUUCAUGGUUAUCAACGCUGUGGCCUUCGACCAUGCGGAUCCAUCUAUCUUCACCGUGCUGACCGCCAAAUCCACGCGUCCAGGUGUGGCCAUCGCUGACUUUGUCAUCUUCCCCCCUCGCUGGGGUGUGGCUGACAACACCUUCCGUCCUCCAUACUAUCAUCGUAACUGCAUGAGCGAGUUCAUGGGCCUGAUCAAAGGCCACUAUGAAGCCAAAGCAGAGGGUUUCCAGCCUGGGGGGGGCAGCCUGCACAGCAUGAUGACCCCCCACGGCCCCGAUGGAGAGUGCUUCGAGAAGAACAGCAGCUCCGAGCUCAGACCUGAGAGGGUGGCCGAAGGCACCAUGGCGUUCAUGUUUGAGUCCUCCUUCAGCAUGGCCGUCACAAAGUGGGGUCUAGAAACAUGCCAGAGACUCGAUAAGAGCUACUACCACUGCUGGGAAUCUCUGCGCAGCCACUUCAACCCCAACUGGAAGCCCAGCAAACAGUAGAAGAAACCCAAACCAAAUAUAGUAGAGUUUAUUAUACAUAGACAAAAACAAGUAAUUUGACCUUAAUAUAAUACAUCUAAUGUUUCUGAAACGUGGAUUUCUUUGUCUGUUUCUGAAGAAAUUCAGUCAUUUCUUCCAAGCAGACAAGAUUGGAGUAGCACAAUAAAGAUUAAAACAAAG